UCAGUGUGCGAGUGACCAUCGAAGUGUUGGUAUGUCGUCUGGCUUGCGAUGGCCAACUUCACCAUUUUUAAAUAUUUGAUAACGAAUAGUGAAUUUUGCUAAGUUCGUUCAUUCUGUCAUUCAUGAAGGAUUUUGUGGAUCUUGCAUUUUAAUUUACUGCUUUAAAGUCUUGCUGAGUGAUUUUUAUAAAAGUUUAAAGGAAAGUGUCACGUUAGAAGUACCCAAAUCAUGACGCCAGGAUAUAGCUAGCCCGUGGAGUGAUUUUAGUGACUACAGGUAAAUCUCCAUUUACUCUAGGGUACAGACAGAACACCUGCUUUAACAGACAUACAUUUCUGCAUCGAGACACGUGGAUUAUUAUACAUUCAAGGCCCGGGAGCUGACUUUGAGGAGGAAUUGUAGCCGUCUUUGCAAGUUGAUUACUUCACGUCUUUUGAAUUUGAACUUCGGCAAGAGUCAAAUUAUGCGUCGUCGUGAACCGUAACAGCAGCGUUUGUGAUGACUCCUUAACGAAUACUGGGGAUAUGGCAGUUUACUGCGUGCGGUGACAGAUGGCGGCGAGGAGGAGGACGGCGGCCAUGGAUCACGCCCUGUGGCUGAGGCUGAUGGUGUUGGCGGGGAUGGCAUCCGCCUUUUGGAUCACACCUGCCAUGGCGGACUGGGACCAGGAUUGCCCCAAAAGAUGCAAAUGUACUUACGUCAGCAACAGGAAGCUGGCUGACUGCCGAAAUGCAGGAUUCUCAACAGUACCCACAACGUUAAGCCCUGAAAUUCAAGAACUUAAUCUUGCAAAUAAUCGAAUAGAAUACUUGGAGAAGGAUGCAUUCAAAAAUUCUGGCUUGGUGAAUCUUCAGAAACUUUACUUGUCCGAGAAUGAGAUUCGCUCUGUCGACAAGGAUGCAUUUAGAGACCUGAAGAUACUGAUUGAACUCGACUUGAAAAGCAACCGAAUCGAAAAACUUCACCCUAAAACAUUUACAGGUAUGGAGAAGCUUCGCGUAAUAGACCUGAGCUCUAAUCAGCUGCGACGUCUAGAGGGGGUGCAGUUUCCCGAACUUCCACAUUUGCGGAAGUUGGUUUUCACAGACAAUAAAAUCUCGUACAUCCAUAACUAUGCAUUUUUAAACUUGCAUCUUCUGAAAUCCUUGCGGUUGUCUGGUAAUCUUUUGAAGCUAGUCCAGCCUGAUCUAUUCAUUAACAACACUGAACUUUUAGAGCUUGAGUUACACGACAACCCAUGGGAAUGCGACUGUCAUUUAAAAAACCUUGUCCGUUGGGUUAAGCAGAAGUCUCUUUUGCAGGAACAUGUGACAUGCCACUCCCCAGAGAGAGUUUCAGGACGAAAGUUAGAAAGCAUUGCAGAAAAUGAGCUAGCCUGUCGACCAGAAUUGGUACUAGCACAAACAGAGGUCCCUGUUGUUCCUGGCCAGAAUGCCUCUUUAACCUGUCGAGCAAUAGGUGAUCCUUUACCAAACAUUAAAUGGGUUUUAAAUGGACGAGUCCUUACAAACAUGUCAGUCAUACCUUAUUCUCAACCUGAGCAAAGAUAUGUUUUGAAUGAAGUGGUAGAAGGAGGUGAACGAUGGUCUCAGCUGACCAUAACAAAUGUAGCUGAGCAUGAUUUAACCUUUUAUACCUGUGUUGCAGACAACUUAGCAGGAUUAGUUGAACAAAAUGUUUCUCUAAUUGCAGCAGCACCAACCACAACUGGAGCCAUUUCCCCAAAGUCAACAUUAGAUUUGUAUAUCAUUAUUGCAAUAGCUACAGGGGGAGUCAUUGUACUUAUUGUUAUUAUAACCUUAAUUUGUUGUUGCUUAAAGAAAAGGAAGCACAGAGAACACAAAUCACAUACCAAAGUGAAUGGGAGUGCAAGUGGGAGUCUCAUUGAACAUCAGAAUGUUAUGAUUGUCAAUCCUGUUGAAAAACCACCUCGCAAUUACAGUAAAUUACCGCAGACUGAAGUGGAAAUGCCGACGAUAAAUUCUGAAGCAGGGGCACACACAAGUUAUGAUGAUGUAGACUAUCCAGAUGUAGGGCCAUUACCACGUCAGAAACAUCUUCCAACCCUGGAAGAGGAGGUUGAUGAUGAUCUUCCUUCCCAAGAUACUACACUCCCUCUUGAAAGCACAGCAACUCCUUCGCAUAGCAUAAUUGCCGAUUACAUGGGCCAUUAUCCUGAUCUUUUAGAUAUGACCCGUCCCCGUGCUGUGUCCCCAACUCAGUUAUCGUACCAUUCUUUAGUAGCCCCACAGUUCACUACUCCUGGUGAGUGGCGUUACAGUUACGUUCAUCCAGCUGAAUAUUCUCAGUACCCUGUGGCAUAUGUAGCUCCACAAAUACAACCACGACCAGGAUAUGUGACUCUGCCACGGAGACAUCGUUCGCCAUCAUGGGCUGGCCAGACAACUGCAGAACAAGAGUCUCUUGUUAGACCACAAGAAGAUGGCAAAGUGCUUUUUGAUCCAGUUUAUGAUACACUUGGACCACGGACCACUGCAGAUGGUACAUCCCGCACAGAUCUCACCCGCCCAACCUUACAUGCAGCCGAACCAUUCACUCCUCAUACUCCACAGUCUCCAAACUCCCCACCUCUUCCACCAUACUAUACUCCUGUAAGUUCAAGUGAAAAUUCAAGUCACUUCCAGUCACGAAAUCAUAGUUCUACAUUACCUCGCUCUACACCAAAUUUGUUAGAUAAUAGUGGGAGCUUAAGUCUUCCAUAUCAUGACCCUUCUCAGAUCCACUUAGCCCAAUGUUCCCCUACGCCGUCCAAUGCUAGCACUGUACAUGCUGCCUCUCCAGCAUAUAAAUCAGUUGCCAAGCACUCACAAGUUAACAGCAAAGGUGGUGCACCUUCAAAAUUGCCAGCAAAGUCAAGAGACGAGUCUUCUAUAAAUGGUUCACUGCACAAUAACAACUUGAGUAAUAAAUCUGAUGCAAAUUUAAGUGAUGUGAAUCUUGGAACCCCUGGUCCGGCUGUUGUGGUGUCCUCUGGAAAAAAAGUACCACCUAAGCCACCACCAAAGCCAAGUGGUAAGCGGUUAUCAGUGUCAUCAAAUGGAGAUUCUAAGAAAUCAUCUGUUGUUGUUGGUGAAAGUGGUAGAGUCUUCCAAGAUGAAGGACCAGAUGGCACAGAAGUUUGAAAAGUUUUGGUGCCAUUGUGUUUUAGUGUAAACAACACUUGAAAAUAUGUUGUUGCAUAUAUUCAAGAAUGGUUUGCUUCAUCAGUAUUAAACACUGAAUUAUCAAAGAAGUUAAGUAGACUACUGGUGUAUCAAAAUAUGCCAAGAAAUGUGAUAAAGCUUUAGAGAAGAAACCACCUUUUUUUCUCUUUUUUUUACAGUUUAUGUGAGUGAAAAAUGCUUUUUACAUUGAUUUUUAAGCCUUCUAGUAUUUUGGACGGCAUUACGUUAAGGCACCUAAACUUACAUUUUUGUAAAUAAUUAACUGAUUUAAUGGGUUUUAGAAUCUAGAACCCGAACAGUUUCAAGUGAAUGAGUUGCAGCAGUUGGCAUUUAGUGGACAAUGUUCAACUUAAACCAUUGUCAGUUUGUGUAAACAAGAUAUAUAUAUAUAUAUGUUGUUUUUAGAUGGAGUUUGGAAAGUGUUGAAUAUAUAUUGUAUUUUCAUAUCAAAAAGUAUAGUAUAGUAGGUCCAAAUUUUUGUAUGUUCAUAUUUAUUGAUAAAAUCUUGUGAAUAUUUCAGGGAUGAGAAAGCAUCAGUGCACACUGGGAAGUGUCCUUAGGAUUUGGCAAAUCAGUUGCAAGUGCAAUAAUGUUUUUAUACUUGAAUAACUUGGAAUAUUCAAGGGUUACUGAGCCAAAUUGCUCUCAGGUCAUGGCUUUCUUUUAAAGCAAAAUAAAGUAUACUUUUCCUUUUGUAUGCUAAGAUACAAAAUAAAAAAGUAUUUUGAUGAGUUUGAUUGGAGAUACUGAAGCUAAAAUAUCAGUGUAACUUUUAGUUUUAUACUUUAAAUGUGAAAUUAUUUUUUAAGUUACAUGCUUAACAAUUGUUUGUGCUGUGUUAAGCAUGCUAUAUGCAAAGUACAAAGAAGUUUUGAAUUUAAAAAUUUGUUUACUUUUAACUCAACUGAUCAUGAUAAUAUUUACAAGUUCAGUAUUUUGUUUUAAUGCACAAAAAAGUAUUGUCUUCCACUGUUGGUGACUGACCAAUUAGUAAUUUAUAUGCCACAACCUUUUUCAUUUACACUGGCAGAAAAAUGUUCUUUGAAUCUUGAGUUGAUUUAAGUCUUAUGAAAAGAGAUAAUUUUUUAUUGACCGUCACUUAUAACUCAAAUGUUUUCACAUCUUUGCAUUUGACAAAAAAAAGCAGCAUACUGGGUCCUAAACAAUGAGCUUGCAAGCUACUUUGAGCUUUUUGACUUGAGUGAUUUAUUGGAUAUAGUUUUGCUAUCUCCUUUGGAUGGUGAUAUUGCACCAUUGUGAUUUAACUUGUAAAGAAACUUGAGACAUUAUGCACUGGCACCUUCUUAGCCUGUUUAAUGAACAAAGAUUCUCUGCAUUACCUGCAGUAAUCUGAUCCUUUAAAUCUUGUAAAAUGUUCUUAAAUCUUCCACAAUUGAAAUUGUCUCAUACAGUGGUUAGACAUUUUCAAUAAUGCAGGUUUCCAGUUCAUACAUUAUAUGUAAAGACAAGUUUCAUUUGUGUGAUAUUGCUAAAUAUAUAUUGAAUUGCU